GAGCAUGCGCAUGACAUGUUGUAAACAAUGAGUCCAGACCGUCUUCAGCUUUGUGUCUGUUUAAGUUUAUUUGUUCAGAACUAAAUGUUUUUACCGACCCCUCGUUAUAUGUAGCGACAUGUUUUUCGGGAGCUGAAGCAUGGAGGCGGUUCUGAUCCGGCUGAAGGGACUAGGUGCUGCCGAGCUCUGUGAGGAAUUCGCUCGAGCAGGCGUCAAGUGCGGCCCCAUCACAUCCACCACCCGAGCCACCUACGAGAGGAAGUUAGCUCGUGUCCUCGCUGAGCAAGAGGGCAUUGCAGCUGAAACAGAUGGCAACGAUGCAACGCUGAGCCUUGAAACUGGAGUAGAUCACUCCAAGCCUGUGUCAGGUGCCACCCCAGCAGUUGUCCCCGAGACUAUCGCAGCAUGCAGCAGUUCGUCUGAGAACAAUGGCGAAGAGAUGGACUUUGGGUACGGAGUGGGACUAAACCCACCAGAGGAAGAAGAGAUCUCAGUAAGGUCAGCCUUUCACAGCUCUGCUGACUGCACUGACGCUCAGUACAAAACACAAACCCCUUCAAAGCCAGCACAAGUGUCCCCAACUUUUUUUUAUGGAGUUUGUCCACCGUGGGAGGAUGUCUUGUCCAGAAAUGAGGGAACACACGUUUACUCGGACAAGAAAGACGCACUUCAAGCUGUAAAGACCAUGAAGGGCGCUCGCUUCAAAGCUUUUAGUAACCGUGAAGAUGCAGAGAAGUUUGCCAAGGGACUCUGCGAAUAUUUCCCCUCUCCCAGCAAGUCCACACCCUGUGCUUCUAUCAAACCUGGACUGGUCAUGGGUAAAGCUGAAAACAUGGAAGUUGACACCAUUAACAGGGAGCGGGCCAACAGUUUUAAGAGCCCACGCAGUCAAGACUUAACAGCAAAACUAAGGAAAGCUGUGGAGAAGGGUGAUGAGCAGGCCUUCUACGAGCUCGUCUGGAGCAACCCACGUUACCUUAUUGGCUCAGGGGAUAAUCCCACUGUUGUUCAGGAGGGUUGCCGGUACAAUGUCAUGCACGUGGCAGCCAAAGAGAACCAGGCAGGGAUUGCCCAGCUGCUACUGGACACUUUGGAAAACCCAGAGUUUAUGCGCCUCAUGUACCCAGACGACCAGGAAGUCAUGCUGCAAAAACGAAUCCGCUACAUUGUAGAUCUUUACCUCAACACUCCAGAUAAAGCUGGUUUUGAAACACCACUCCACUUUGCCUGUAAGUUUGGAUGUCCAGAUGUGGUCAAUGUCCUGUGCUCGCAUCCCGACAUCGAUAAGAACUGUAAGAACAAGGACAGCGUGAAGCCUUGUGAUCUUAUUUGUAGCAGGAAAAAUAAAACCCAGGAAGUGAAACAAAGGAUAAGCGACUACUUGGAGGAUCGCUGCUAUAUCCCUUUGCUGAGGGCAACAGACAACACCUCUCAGCCCAUCAUUGGUGCUUCAUGGUCACCUGAGUCCUCAGAGAGUCUGUCACUGAUCCGUCAGCACACAAGGAGCCCCAUGGAUCCUUUAAUGGCCGUCACGGCCUUUGCUGGCCCGCUGAGCCCUUCUAAAGCAGAUGAUUUUCGUCGGUCGUGGAAGACGCCCCCUAGAGAACGGGCCGAGCUAUUCCACCACCUUCUGAAGUCGGACCCUGACAGAGGGGCAGAGAGAGUGGGAAGAGAUUUAGCUCACAAGAUGGGCCUGCCCUGGGCUGAAUAUUGGGUCUUCCUGGAUUGUUUUGUGGAUCUGUCAUCAGCUGAGGGGCUCUGUAAACUGGAGGAGUACCUGAGUAAGAAGGAUUUCAGCCCAAGGACUCAUGAGGGGGCUGGACAGAAUGAGACCAGUAACAGGUUUAAAACUCCCUCUCCAGGGAAGCCUAAAAAAUUCUGCAACUCCAUUUCUGUGGGUGCCUUCCUGGAUGAGAGUGAUGAUAUCAGCCUCGAGGAGAUAAAGAACCGGCAAAACGCAGCGCUCAGCUGCAUCACGUCCUCGGCUUCAUCUAAAGAUGUCCUGAAGGGAGCUGUAGGUGGCCGCGAGUUCACGCUUCUCCACCGCGGGGCGGACCUGAUCGAGACGGCCGCCGAGCAGGACCUUUUGUGCUGCUGCAGCGAUGGCCUCCUGUCACCCGGUGUCGUCUGUAAAAACAGGGCAUGCUCCUCCUCUAGAGACAGGACUCACAAUGGAGACAAGGUGCCCCCAUACACCUCCCCGUCUUCUGGACUGCUGUCGCCCAUCACCAAUCUCAUGGUGGAGUUUGAGCGCAUGUCGCUGCAGGAGCCAAUGGACAGUCCCACGAGCUACAGGGAGAGGAGGUGCAGCGGUGGGCGUCGGCACAAGGACAACUGGAGCUCCUCCUCAGCCACAGACCUGAGCUCUGGACUCACCCGCCUGUCUCUUGGUCAGAAUAGUGAGGAUGUGGAUCGAGCAGGCAGAAGAACAGAUGGAGGAGGUUCAGAGGAGAGGAGCAGCAGCUCGGAGGAGUACUUUGAAGCAGAAGAGGGUCUGGAGGCGCUGGAUAGGACUAGAGGGACAGUUUCAGGGGUGCGCAAUUUCUGUGCAAGGUCCAGGUCAUGGGACCAUGGAGGCAGGGACCUGAGCAGCUCAGGAUCCUCAGGGUCCUCUUACAAAUCCUUCGAUAACUCCCACGAGUUCUUACCCAGGACUCCCCCGCAUUUUAAAAGAGGGCUUUUCAUUGAGGGGGACUCUCCAACCAAACUGGACAGAGAGGUGUUGUCAGCGAUCGAGUGCACAGAUGUGGACCCCCUGAAGUAUCCUAGCAUUCACAAAUGGAAGAGCACAAUGAAGUCAUACGCUCCAUCAGACAUGCAAAGCUGGCCCAGCCCGGUGGUGAAAGCCCGACUCAAGAUGCAGCACCAGACCCCCGGCUCCCCCAUCAGCGGCCUGAUGGCCCCCAGCGGUCGCUUCAGUCCUGUCCGCCACGCUGCCUCACCAGACUUCAGCCCCAGCCGAUACAGCCCUGCCAGUGUUAGCUACAUCCAACGCCUCAGACACCUAAACGAACCACUAUAACUGCCCCCCCCGAGCUGCACCAGAGCACAGAAACUCCACACCUGACAGAAAUAUGCACAACCAUCUGGUGGAUUUGUUUUUAUGAUGUAUG